UCUCCAAGAACCCGGAGCAAAGAGGAGGAGGAGUAGGAGGAGGGAGAAGAAGAAGAGAAGGACAGGAGAAGAGGAGAGGCGGCGGAGGCGGAGGAGGAGGCGCGCGGACCUGACCACGAGCUCUCACUGCGGAACGCGCGCGCGGGGCUGCCGCUGGAGGUUCCUCCAACCAUUCUGGAGCCGAAGGCUUUAAGAAAUUUUAUUUGGUUUUAAUUAUUUUUAGGGGGGUUAUAUAUUUUUUUUAAUUUUUAUUUUUUACUAUUUUUUUUAUUUUAAUUUGUAUGUUGAAACGGACCGCGUCUGACAGCGAGAGGAAUACCUUUUUACCCGAGGAGGAGGAGGAGGAGGGCGCAGAUCUUCAGAACCAGACAGGUGGAUUUAUCCAUUUUUUGGUGGGUGUUUUGAUUUUUCUGAUCCAGCUUGUAAUUAUUUUUUGGAGAGAAAUGCGUGGAGACAAACUGAUGGAUUAACCUGACGGAGGAGAGCCGCUUUGUGACCCUCCCCGUGCACACUCCUGCCGAGGGCACCGGAAUGGAGUAACAGGCUGCAAUGUCACCUGGCCGCCUGGAGAGAUGUGUCACGGGAAUGGGAUCAAGUUUGAACACUUUCCCCCUGCUUUCACUGAUGCUGUGAGAAGGAACCGACAUGCCAGUAAACGGACGGGUCGUGGUGCCCCCCCGCGCGGGCCCUUGCCCCACAGAAGUAAGAGCAUCACCCACGGAGCGCAGCAUCCAUCGCACCGACACAGAAGACGAAGGCGCAAAAGCUCCACAACUCCAGAGCGGCCGCGCCGCGUUGUGACACCCAAGGGUAUGAUGGGUGUAGCGGGCUGGAUGUUGCUCCUACUCUCUUCAAUUAUGGUGCCUGCGGCAUCCCAAAAGCCUCCAGGACUCAGUGUGGGCGUGAUACUGGGCCAGACACGUCCAGUAUCCGACCAAGAGCUCCGCUAUCCUCGGCGCCCUGAAGACGCUCUUGACGUCAAUGUAGUCACACUAAAGAUGAACCAGACUGACCCAAAGUCUGUGAUUACGGAGGUGUGUGAGCUUCUGUCUCGCUCUCGUCUCCAUGGCCUUGUGUUUGCGGAUGGCACCGAUCAGGAGGCCAUAGCCCAAAUCCUUGACUUCCUGUCUGUUCAGACGCAGCUUCCAGUUCUUGGAGUUCAUGGAGGAUCCUCUAUGAUUAUGGCUGACAAGGACGAGAAGUCCACUUUCUUCCAAUUCGGUGCAGCGCUGCAGCAGGAAGCCCUCCUCAUGCUUGCGAUCAUGGAAGAGUACGACUGGCACGUUUUUUCCAUUGUAACAUCCAAGUUCCCAGGUUAUCAGGAUUUCAUCAGCACGCUGAGGGUGACUGUGGAUCACAGCUUUGUGCGCUGGGACCUGCAGAGUGUCGUGACGCUAGAAGCUGUAGACGGCGACCCCAACUCAAAAUCGCACAUAGCCCUCAAGAGGAUACAGAGCCCUGUUAUUCUACUGUACUGCUCCAAGGACGAGGCAGUGUACAUCCUGGAAGAGGCUCGGUCGUUAGGACUGAUAGGAGCUGGCUACAUCUGGAUUGUGUCAAGUCUCACCACUGGAAACCCAGACUUUACCCCUGAGAUGUAUCCCCUGGGCAUGAUUUCUGUGUCCUACGACGACUGGGAGUACCCGCUGGAGACGCGGGUGCGGGACGGGGUGGGCAUCAUUUCCUCUGCAGCCACCUCCAUGCUGCGGGAGAAGGGAGAGCUGCCAGAGGCCCAGAGCAGCUGCUUCAGCACGCCGUCAGACAGGAGCCCCGGGAAGCUCCCACCUAGUGCCCUGCGCAGACACAUGAUGCAUGUGUGGAACGAAGGACGAGAUCUAUCCUUUACUCCAGAUGGUUACCAGGCCAACCCCAGAUUGGUUGUCAUCGUCUUGAACAGUGAAAGAAAGUGGGAGAAGAUGGGCCGUUGGGAGAACGGGACGUUGUCACUGAUGUUCCCAGUGUGGCCGAGGUAUAACGCCCACGGGGAUGAGGACGCUGAUGAAAACCACCUCUCCAUCGUUACUCUGGAGGAGAAACCUUUCGUCAUUGUCGACAACGUGGACAUCCUCACCGGCACCUGCAUGAGGAACUCUGUUCCGUGUCGUAAACAUAUCAAACUUUUGUCCAUUUGUCAGGUGGUCUACAAGAAGGCCAUCAUGGCUGUUGGGUCCUUGACCAUCAAUGAAGAGAGGUCAGAGGCCAUUGACUUCUCUGUGCCCUUUGUUGAAACCGGAAUCAGCGUCAUGGUGUCACGAAGCAACGGAACCGUCUCGCCUUCUGCCUUUCUUGAGCCCUUCAGUGCAUCCGUUUGGGUGAUGAUGUUUGUGAUGCUGCUCAUUGUCACAGCCAUCGCAGUCUUUCUCUUUGAGUUUGUCAGUCCACUGGGCUUCAACCGCAACUUGGCCCAAGGCAAAGACCCGCAUGGUCCAUCGUUCACCAUCGGUAAGGCCAUAUGGCUGCUGUGGGGCCUGGUGUUCAACAACUCUGUGCCUGUGCAGAACCCGAGAGGCACCACCAGUAAAUUCAUUGUGUCCGUUUGGGCCUUCUUCGCUGUCAUCUUCCUGGCCUCCUACACUGCCAACCUGGCUGCCUUUAUGAUCCAGGAAGAGUUUGUGGACCAAGUCACUGGACUGUCCGACAAAAAGUUCCAGAGUCCAUACUCGUACUCCCCACCUUUUCGCUUUGGGACGGUUCCCAACGGCAGCACCGAGCGCAACAUCAGGAAGAACUAUCCGGACAUGCAUCAGUACAUGAUCAAAUACCACCAGAACGGCGUCCAGGAUGCACUGAUCAGCCUCAAGACAGGAAAACUGGAUGCGUUCAUUUAUGAUGCUGCAGUCUUGAAUUAUAUGGCGGGCAGAGAUGAUGGCUGCAAGUUGGUGACGAUCGGUAGUGGCUACAUCUUUGCCACCACAGGUUAUGGAAUUGCUCUACAGAAAGGCUCCUACUGGAAACGUUUAGUUGACCUGGCCAUACUCAGCAUCAUAGGAGACGGUGAGAUGGAGGAGCUGGAGGCACAGUGGCUAACUGGGAUCUGCCACAAUGAAAAGAACGAGGUGAUGUCCAGUCAGCUGGACGUGGACAACAUGGCGGGUGUCUUCUAUAUGCUGGCUACAGCCAUGGGCCUCUCUAUCCUCACCUUCAUCUCUGAGCAUCUUUUCUACUGGAGGCUGAGAUACUGCUUCACAGGGGUCUGCUCUGGAAGGCCUGGCAUGCUCUUCACUAUCAGCAGGGGUAUAUGGAGCUGUAUUCAUGGUGUUCAUAUAGAUAUGAAGAAGAAGACGCCUGAGCUGGACUUCAGUCCUCAAGCCAACAUGCUGCACUUGCUUAAGUCUGCCAAAUCAAUCGCUAUGUCUUCUCCCAAACGCAACACUGUUCUCCUGCAACCUAGCAUCCUAGACAUGAUGACAGGAAAAGGUAACUCACUCCAUAGUCUGCCUCAGAAGGGUCCUGGUCUCUAUAGCAACGCUGCAGGUCCACAGGGUUUCCUGUCAUUGUCCGGGAGACAUAAAAACCACCUUAAUAAUGCUGCACCAUUUCCCGGGCAACAAAAAGGCCCUGCUCACCAGACCAGCCCCAACAAACCUCAGCUGUCAAUCACCAACGACAACGGCAAGAACCGCCUGCCAGGUCCAGCCAUCACUGCAUCAAAACCCCGAGCCUUGUGGAAGAAAAGCGUAGAGACACUGAAAACUCAGCCAAGUGUUGUAUCUCCAGGCCCAAGCCCCACCCCUGCUUCAGGGGGCAGCGGACCUCCAACGAUGAAAAGCCAGCGCUACCUGCCUGAAGAACCACAGCACUCUGACAUGUCUGAGUGUUCCAGUCGGCCGCCAUCGCACAAAGAUUCUGACUCCAUGGCAGUGAGGGGUGGGUUUAAACCAAUUAAUCAGCUGAGGAAGAGGGGUGGAGGUGGAGGAGGAGGGGGUGGCGGAGGAGCUAAGAUUUACUCCAUUGACUCUGACCAGGCCAGCCUCCAGUCGAUCCCUCCCUACCAGAGAGACAGCCAGGGGGGAGGAGAUGACCGCAGUUACCCCCCUGACCUCUUUCCACCUGAAAGCACUUACUCACAUUCACACCAGUCGGACGCACCGAUCAUGCAGCUGAGCGCCAGCCUUUUGCACCACAGCCACAGUGCCGAGGCUGACCUGCAUUCCCUGAAAGAUAAGAAAUACAGCACCUACACACACAGCAGUGCGAAGGACAAAUCUGGAGGUUCGUUUGAAGCUCCAACUGGAGGUUCGGGGACACAAGGGGCCAGGCCCGGCCACUGUCGCACCUGCCUGACCAAGCUCAGUGGUUACUCUGGCCUCUACACCGUUCGCUCACCACAAACUCGCUGUGAUGCCUGCGCCCACCUGGGGAACCUAUACGACAUCAGCGAAGACCACCUGCACUCACACUACUCCCACACUCACCCACACAGCGGAGACAUGUUUACUCACUACCAUCCGCAGAGCGAGCUGGGCCUGGUGGGCGAAGGGGACGGACUUGUCAGCCACUUCGAGCCCACCCCCUCCUCGCCGUCUCCCAUCCCCACCUCCUCAUCCGCCCAGCACCUCCAGCUGAGUCGUCAGGCCUCCUACGAGAACGUGCUUCCAGAUGGCAUUCCGGAGCGGCAGUUGCAGCCUCACACCCACAUGAGAGGACUGAGUUUGCCUGACAGGGAUAGGGACAGGGAGCUGACCCUGGAUGAUGGAGCUUAUGCUAAUGUUCUCACUAUGCGCUCUGAUCGUCCAUACAGCAGCCGCAGCCCCCCCUCGCCAUCCCCCUCCCACCACCACAGUCUUGAUAUCCCUAUGCCUCUGCCCCGGCGCUCAAAGAGCCUCUUGCCUGAUCGUCCAUCACACAACCCUUUCCUGCAGUCAGCCCCUGGCACGGUACAACGAGACCCCACCUCCCAGGCUGCCACGCGCCUACCGCAAAGAAGCUCAACUCAUGAGAUCUACAAGCAGAGAAUGCCCAUGACACUCACACUUGGUAACCAUGGCAGCCAUCACAUCAACCAGCACGGCAGCCAUAUUGACCAACAGGUGUUCUACCCUCAACAGGAGCCUCCAGUGAUGGCCUACAUGGUCCCACCUGCUGCUUCUCAGCCAAUGAGCUAUGUGACAGCACCUCGAGCCUCGAGCGCAGGUGGUAACCGACCCCGGCUGUAUCGCCGCAUGCCCAGCAUUGAGUCUGAUGUCUGAGAGACACAAAUAGCACGUUCAAUCUCACAGAGACACGCUAACACGCAAGCAUGCAAGAAAAGGUAUGUGUGACCGGACCAGGCAGUCUCUGAAUUUAAGCACAUCUUGAAAACACACAGAAAGGUCAGCACUGGACUAUAAAAGUAAACAGUGAUGCCGAGUAAUAAAAUCAUUGUUUCUUUAUUAAACCCUCAAUAAGGAAGCAAAGGGGGCCACGGGGACACCUGGAGGCACAG